GCUCCAGCAGGUGGCGCUAGUGCACCUUUACGCUAGUCACCGACCACCAGAAGAAGCAGAACCCGGAAGCUGCUAGCAGAGCUAGCUUGUUGUUGUUGUGGUGUGUGUGUGAGGAGAAAGUUUGAGGCUCUGCAGUAAAAAUGUCUUCACUUCAGUCUCUGGGAGAGUUGAUCAGCUAAAGCGACUAACUGCUGCUGCUGCAGAAAUCUUCUCACCGGGCUGUGGGAACUUUCUUCUCCUCCUCAACAACUUGGUGGAGUUCUUUCCAGAAGCAGAGAAGAUAUUCUGCGGUCUUCGUGACAAUCGGAGCUCCAGAAUCAGGUUGUGGCUGUUAGCUAAACACGGCUAAAGGAAACCUGCUACCACUUCAGGAUCAUCCAUCAGCUGGGACUGAUUCAUCGUGUGUUCUUCACCACCUGGACCUGGACAGCAUGGACACAGGUGUGAAACAUCUGUAAAAGCCAGAUCUGGUGCAGGAAAAUGGCUGAACAGGGAGUGGGGACACACUUUUCCUUCUGCGGUUCCCCUCAGAGUCAAACACAAGAUCCAGUAGGCCUAAUAAGCACCAGGCAGAAGCCCACAGUUCCAGAGCGGGCAUGUACAGAUUUUCAACAGGUGGUUCUGGUUAAAUAAGAAGCUUCAGAAGAACAGAGUGCUCGUGUCGACCACCAGCACCUAGAUUUUCUCCACAAAAAAGAGGAACAGGAGAAACUCUGGUCUAGUAUGGAGGGAGAGCAUCUCCAUUUGAAUAAGGAGACUGUUGCUGCCAGGUUUCAAUCCUUUAGCCAUAAAGCACUUUUAAACACACGAGAGUCCACACAAAGCAGAAACAUUUUGCCUGUGAGCACUGUGGACAAAGGUUUCACCAAAAGACUAAUUUAACCACACACAUGAGAGUCCACAAAGGACAGAAGCCUUUUGCCUGUGAGCUCUGUGGAAAGAAAUUUAGCUUAAAGUCAAAUUUAAAUAGCCACAUGAAAGUCCACACAGGACAGAAGCCCUUACCUUGUGAGCUCUGUGGAACGAGAUUUAGACAAAAGUCACAUUUAAACAGUCACAUGAGAGUCCACACAGGACAGAAGCCUUUUCCUUGUGAGCUCUGUGGAACGAGAUUUAGCCGAAAGACGACGUUAAACAUUCACAUGAGAGUCCACACAGGACAGAAGCCUUUUGCCUGUGAGCUCUGUGGAACGAGAUUUAGCCAUCAGACAACUUUAAACGGACACAUGAGAGUCCACACAGGACAGAAGCCCUUUCCUUGUGAGCUCUGUGAAAAGAAAUUUAGCCUAAAGUCAACUGUAAAUAGCCACAUGAAAGUCCACACAGGACAGAAGCCCUUUCCUUGUGACCUCUGUGGAACGAGAUUUAGCCAAAAGUCACAUUUAAACAGUCACAUGAGAGUCCACACAGGACAGAAGCCCUUUCCUUGUGAGCUCUGUGGAACGAGAUUUAGCCAAAAGUCACAUUUAAACAGGCACAUGAGUAUCCACACAGAACAGAAGCCUUUUGCCUGUGAGCUUUGUGGAAUGAGAUUUAGCCAAAAGGCAAAUUUAAACAGUCACAUGAGAGUCCACACAGGACAGAAGCCCUUUCCUUGUGAGCUCUGUGGAACGAGAUUUAGCCGAAAGACAACUUUAGACAGUCACAUGAGAGUCCACACAGGACAGAAGCCCUUUCCUUGUGAGCUCUGUGGAACGAGAUUUAGCCGAAAGUCAUCUUUAAACAGUCACAUGAGUGUCCACACAGGACAGAAGCCCUUUCCUUGUGAGCUUUGUGAAAUGAGAUUUAGCCAUCAGACAACUUUAAACAGACACAUGAGAGGCCACACAGGACAGAAGCCUUUCGCCUGUGAGCUCUGUGUAAAAAGAUUUAGCCGAAAGACACAUUUAAACAGACACAUGAGAGUCCACACUGGCUUUUCGCCCGUGAGAUCGGUGGAAAAGAUUUAGUGAAAAGACAAAUUUAAGGUCACUAAAGAGUCCAUAAAGGACAGAAGCCUUUUGUUUGUGAGCUCUGUGGAUGAAGAUUUCGCUGAAAGAAAACAUUAAACAAUCAUCUAAGCAUCCACUAGGGCUGAACGAUCUAUUGCAGGGGUCUCCAACCUUUUUUGGCCCGUGAGCUACUUUUACACAAUGAAAGUACAGCAGAGUUACUGCCAUAUGAUUUAUUUACAUUGAUACUUUCCAUGUGUGAAUGUGCUUUUGUUAAACAUGCUAUACUUACUAUAUUAACAUGCAUUGUACUAACAAGAUGAUCUCUCUGUAUUUCAGUACAUCAGUAUAUAUUUUUUUUAAAGUAUAAGUAAACUAGUGACAUUCUUAAAACCUAAAUUAAACAAAACAUAUUUAGUUUUUUAAACUAAUCAGGUACUUUCAGAUAAUGAACAACAAAUCUACUUCAUGUGAAUGAUUUGGUAAUUUUUUUAGACUGUUAGUAACAUAACUUUUUAAGCACACAGGAACAGCUAACCUGUAAAGCUGAUGAUAUUUUAUAUAAAAUACAAGCUAAAUGUGAUGAAACACAAAACUCUAAAUAGUUUGAAUUGAAGUGAAAAAUGUAAAAUCAGAAAUAAGACUUGUUCCUGCUCUCCUGAUUUACUGAAUAAUUUUUGGGUUUUUUUGGUCAUGAAAGUUAAGUUUUGCUGUAUUUAUUGCUGACAAUAUGAAGGUUGGAGGUUUAUCCUUUUUUUCUGCAUCUUGUAGGUUUUUUCUCCGCAGGUCUGAAGGAUGUGCGUUACACAGAGCAGAGAGACAGAGAGCAAGAGACCAGAACCAAAAGAAAUGAUCACAUCACACCAAUCUUAAAAUAUUUACAUUGGCUUUCAGUAACUUACAGGAUUGAUUUCAAAGACCUUUUACUUACUUUUAAAUCAUUAAAUGGCCAACGACCUCUGUAUAUAGCAGAGAUGUUUGAAACGUAUCACCCUUCAAAAUCACUUAGGUCAGCAGAUAAAUCCCAACUGGUACAACCCAGAGCCCGCACCAAGCACGGAGAGGCUGCCUUUAGCUGCUAUGCGGUCCGUCUCUGGAACAGUCUUCCAAUAGACAUGAAGACCUCUCCCACCAUUUCCAUUCUUAAAUCCAGAUUAAAAACUAAACUUUUUCAUGAUGCCUUCCAUCAACCUAUCCUUGCAUCUGUGCUCUACUAGGUCUUUCUCUGUACUGUGUUGAAUUUAUUCUAUACGUAUUUUAUAUGUAUACCUAUUCUGUGCUGUUUUAUUGUGUAUUAUUGUGUAAUUAAAGUGAAUACUUGCAAUAAA